AUGUCCCAGGACGGUCGAGAAGAGCCACCGGAGUUGAUCUCGGAUGACGGGAGUGAUCUCACAGACAUUGAAGUCGACAUACUUGAACCUUUUGACCAUAUGCCCUCGCUUGGAGGUCUUUCCAACAGAGAGGUCCAGGAGCUGGUCAACAGUGGGGAUGAAUGGGCAAUUAGAGCGUAUUACCAAACGCUCAUUAUUAUCGCAUCAAUAAUAGAUUAUGAGUUGCCUGGAAUAGGUUUGUCUAGCGAUGAACUGGAUUUUCUAAGCGAAGAACAGCCAGAGGGGCCGGUGACGCCCAAUCCCCUCCCCACCUUACCCGCGACAGACGCUGACCAACGAAUGAUUGAUUCUGGAGUAGAGUGUGCUAUUUGCCUAAACCCUCCAGAGCUCGGAGGAAGGGUCACUACACUGCCUUGUGGUCAUCUGUUCCAUUACCUUUGUAUUACACAGUGGCUUACUCGGAGUACCACUUGCCCGCUUUGCCGACAGGACGCCGUCCCCUUGGACCAGCAUGAUCCAAAUACCGGGAAUGAUGAGCCUCAUCGCUCAGAUGGUCGACCGGAGCGACAUGUUCACUGGGCGAUAUAG